CCAGUUUUCUUUACUUAUCAAUUGUUCUAAUCGCUGCACGUUUUCUUAUUUUCUGAUCAUAUCACUUGAAUUGCAGUUAGCCACAAUUAUUGUAUAAUUUUUUAAGUUUUCUUAAAUUAAAUUGUAAAUAUGAUCGAACAACAGAGACAACGCAUUGAACGUGCCGUUACCGAGAUGGUAGACGAUAUGGACAAAAGUCAUUUACGUAAAAUGCAGACAGACAUGCAUUUGUGUGCGGCUAAAUGUUGCCAGGACAUGAAUGGCAGCAUUGACAGCGUUCAGAGAUGUGUGGACAGAUGUUCGGCGCCCUUAACACGCGCACAAAACUAUGUACAACAUGAGUUGGGUGAAUUUCAGGGACGCCUGCAGCGAUGUGUUAUGCAAUGUAACGAUGAUGUCAAGGUGAAAAUGCCGGCCAAUCCCUCCGAAUCAGAUAUUGCCAAAUAUACCGAUCAAUUUGAACGCUGCGCUAUACAGUGCGUGGACAAGCAUGUCGGACUAAUACCUACUAUGAUGAAAACAAUAAAAUCCGUAUUGGCGAAAGGUCCAGAGUCCAUACCUCAGGUUUAAUUGCCAGCAUAAUUAGCACUAACGCCACAUAUUACCAAGUAUCUUGAUGAUGAAAAAGAUAUGAGUGCGUAUGUGUAAUCAUAGAACUUUAUAAAAUGAAUACCAUUUGUGACGAUUAUGUUGAAACAUAAAUUGAACAGCAAAUAAGGAACAAUUGUUUUGUUUGUUAAAAAAAUAUAAAUGUGGAGUAAUAAAGAAAAGCAUUUAGAAUUUAUGUCAAACAAAUAUUUU